AUGUCUCCACGAAGAGUAGUCAGUGGUCGUCCUGGUAGGAUAAAUGUCAAGGAAAAAGGGGUACCUAAUGCACUAGAAGUGCAACUCCAAGAAGAGGUCACCAAGGUUGAAUUCUGCGAAGCUAUCCGGAUGUUAAGUCAAGUUGCGACCUAUCAAGUUAAACAAAGAGAUAAUCGACAGGAAGUGACUGAUAUUUCAAGGAUUCGUGAGCUUUUAAGGAUAAACCCACCAAGCUUCACCGGUUCAAGUGUCACUGAGGAUCCGGAGAACUUCAUUGAAGAGCUGAAAAGGUUAUUUGAUGUGAUCCGUGUUGCUAAUGAAGAGAGGGUCAAACUAGCUGUAUACCAAAUGAAGAGUGUCACUAGAAUCUGGUUCGACAAAUGGAAAAAGAAUAGGGUUGAGCAUGCGCCAGUAGUGAGUUGGGCUGUGUUUGAGAGUGCUCUCAUGGGGCGUUUCUUUCCCCUUGAGAAGGAUAAGCCGAAAAAAAGAGAAGAGUUUAAGAAUAAGAGGGCUAAGACAUCAGGGAACCAGUUCAGGCAGCAAAAGAGUAAUGCCAAGCGGUCUUUCUCCCAACAGAAACAGAAGGGGCCUGCUCCACCAUCUGCUAGUGAACCUGCACCUAGGAACAAAUUUGCCCCACCAGGCAGGGCUGCACCUGGAGGAGCUAAUUCCAGUACUGGCGGAUGA